AUGGAGAAAGACAGUGAUAUGGGGCAGGAACUGCUGGUCAAUGAGCUAAUGCAAGGACUAGAGUCUACACAGGAACUCUGGUUCCAAGACCUGUCUUCUCCUCCCGAAUUGCUAUUUAAUAAGAUCCAAUCUUCCUUCACUAAUGCUCUUUCCAUCCUGAGAUCGAGCGGCCAAGAGGUAGACCUGCCGUUGACGAGUCCAGUAGCUAGCUUAUGCUACACGUCUUCCAAGGGUUCUAAUCAGGCCGUCUACGGUGAGGAAGACAGGGCCACCUUCCAGAAAAGGGAGAAGAAAUCAAUUGACACAAGACAUGUGCAUAUGGUUUACUUGGGGGCGGACCCACCAGAUGACGGCUUUCGCUGGAGAAAAUAUGGGCAGAAAGAAAUCCUGGGACAUAAAUUUCCAAGGAGCUACUACCUAUGUAAUCAUGGAACUGCAACAGGAUGCCCUGCCAAAAAGACAGUCCAGAGGUCCACCGAGGACUCCUCGAUCCUUGAUAUCAUGUACCGAGGAGAGCACACCUGUAUACAAAAGCUUUCAGGUCCACCCAUGUUGCCUAAACCCUUAGCGGUACAAAGCGAGGAUUCUAUUCAGGCCAUCUACGGUAAGGGACACCGUGCUACCUUCCAGGAAAGAGAGAAGCAACCAAUGUGGAUAAAACAAAUGUGUCCUGUUCACCUGGAGACGGACCCACCAAAUGAUGGCUAUAGGUGGAGACGGUUUGCACAGGAAGAGAUCCGUGGAGCUACACUUCCAAUGUGAGAAAUCCCUCCCACAUUUAGGGUGUGUUUGGACGCACGAAUGAGUUUUAUCUGUGAACAUUCAGUUACUCUAGAGGAAAUAUCACUUAUUGAUGUUUCCUAGUACCGAUAAUGAGGAAGAAGGUCUCAAA